AUGAGAAAUAUAAAGAAAUUUUUGCGUGUCUUCGACAUUUAUGGGCAUGCAGUUAGCUUCAAUUACAAAGGAGAAGGAACUAAGAAAACAUUACCAGGAUCUUUAUUAACUUUAGCUACUAUGGGAGUCUUAAUAUAUCACUUUAGUUCCUAACUGAAUGUAAUUAAUCUCAAGAAAUCUUAGAUAAAUCAAGCUUAAUACCCAAUUAACACACAAACGAAAACAAUAGACAUCCAUUAACCUAACUUUGACUUAGCUUUCCUCAUAGAUAUAGAUAAAGAUGCGUCUGAAAGUAUCUUUAAAUAUAUGAAUAUCACUGCCAGCUUUAAUUCAUUAGGUCUCACUCUAGAUGAGGAAACUGAUAGACUAGAGGGAGUCAAUAUCAGUAUAUCACAAAAUAUUGAGCUAUAGAAUUGCUCAAUGGAGAGAAUGGGUAACAAUUCUUUAUUUCAUAGCUACAUAAAAACAUUCACAAAUAAACAAUUCUUAUGCAUUAAAAAGUUACCAGACAUGGAACUCCGAGGAUCUAACAAUAUCAUUCAAUUAAAAAUUAGAGAUUGCAAUUAAACUUAAUUAAAGCAAAUGAAAGAUAAAGGAAUUUAUUACCCUAGUGAAACUUGCUAUGAAAAAGAAGUUAAUAAGACAGCAAUACCUUGGAUAGAUAAAGCUUCUAUUUAUGCUUUUACACUCUAGUAAUUCUUUGAUUUUGAAGAGAUAAAUGACGAUCCAAUAAAACUAAACUUAAAUGUUGACAAAUAUGCAUUCUCAGAAGUAAAUAUGAAUGAAGUAGCAUAUGAAAUUUAAUUGAGCAAAGUUAGUGGUUCAAAGUCUAGAAUUCAUGAAAGCAUAGGAGAAUUUGAAAACGAUUUCUUAAGCACAAAAAUGAAAUACAUAAAAAGUGCUCCUAGAUCAUCUUAGGAGGCUGUUAGUAAUUCUUCUAAACCAUUCUUUAACUUUAGGUUCCAAAUGUCUAAUGAAGUGAAUACAAUAUCUUUCACCACUUAGAAUAUGGUUCAAGCACUUUCAAAUACAGGAGGUCUUGCUGGAAUUUUAAUUGGAGUCAUUGCAUUUAUCAUUGCACCGCUUUAAGAAUUUCUAUACUAUAAAAGCCUUCUGAGAAAGACAUACUUAGUAGAAAAGAGUAUUCUUGACUAGCAUAAAAGCAAUUAAAAUGAUCCAAAUAACUAAAAAAUAGCUGCAUAAGAUGAACUGAUAGAGUCAAAUCUUAAAGAAAAAUUGAAGCAAAAUGAGAUAACAACUCUUGGAAAAUUGAUAAAUCUACUUUGGGAUAGAGUACCUUUUACCUAUACUCUUACUGAAUUCCUAGUUUAUUGGGGCAGAAGAGUAUUUUGCUGUAGAAAAUCUAGUUUUCGAAAAGAGUUAUUUGAUUUGGGAAAGGACAAAAUAGAAAAGCAACUAGACAUAGGAAAAAUAUUGAAAGAUUUAAGAAAUUUUAAAAUGAUAAACAAUAUUUUGCUAUCAAGAAAGCAAAGAUAGUUAAUCCCGUAUUCAAAAGACUACUUGCUUACUUAAAAAUAUAAGAAAUAAUAGGAUAGUAAAGAUAAGUAAGGAGUGAAAAUAGAAGAUCUUAAUCAAAGUCAAAAUGAUAUUCACAUAUCUUUUAAGGAGGACUUAUCUAAAACAUUGAUCUAUCACUUUCUUUACUGGCACAAUCCAGAAAAUAAAUUGGAUUUGAAAAUCUAAAAGAGAAUAUUUUUCUCCUCUAAAAACAAACUAAUGUAAAUGUUAGACAAAUAGAGAAUGGCAUUUGUGAUGAAGCUUAUUAAAGGAAUAAACUCAGAAAGAGAUCUUAAUAAUAGUUAAUGUUUGUCUGAAUAGGCUUUUCCAUUAGGUAAAUCCCCAGUUAAUGAAAGCAAAAAUAAAGUGGAGGAUGCAUUAAUUGAAAUUUUAGAAGAAAAAUAAAACUCACACUCAAGUUAGCUAAAUGUUAAGCAAGCUAAUUUCGAUGUUGACUUUAUUGAUUCUUAAAGAUCAGUGGACUAUGAUGAACUUGAUGAAAAACAAACAAGCAUUAGAAAAGAUUUCAAUUACUUAAAAUAAAAUGAUAGAAAUAUUUCUUAAGGGAAUGCUGGUAAGAAAUGA